GCCGCUUGGAAACCGAGGCAGGAACUGUUUCCACAUCCCCACGGCUUUGACAUCACAACCCGAGGCUGCUGCCCGGAGCCAGCCCAGCGCAUUCCACAGGGAAAUGCCGGAUCCUCGGCCUCCCCCUGCUCCCUCCCGGUGCUGCCAUCCCCCUGUCCCAUCCCUGUGACAACCCAGCCCAUCCCGGGCAGCUCUGGCAGGGCAGGAUGGCAGUGGGGCACAAAGCUGUGGAGAAGCAAAUCUCCUUUGGAACAACCCAAGACAGGAAAAUGUUUCCCUACUACUUCGCCCCGGACAGGCUGGGAAUCGAAAUUCCAGGGGUGCGGGGGAACCCUUCCCUGGGGCCAGGCUGUUACCUGGGGCCACAGGCAAACAUCUUCAAACCCUCCAUCAGCACCCGACCCAUGAGCAGCCGGGGGUACGUGAUCGGCGCCAGGACUGCCCCACGCUUCCAGCUGAAAACUCGGAUGGUGACCCCCGGCCCCACCGCGUACCAGCCCGUGCUGGGGGAGGAGAGGAGGUUCCAGCCUGCCCACGUUCCCUUUUCCUCCAGCAGCCCACGAUUCCCAACCAGGCUUCUGGAUAAGGAUUUAUUCCCUGGGCCUGGAACUUACGACAUAGAGCAACCUUCAGGCAGAAGAGUCACCUGGCCGAUGAAAUUUGGGGCUCCAGACUGGGAUGCAGUGGCAGCACUGCCCAAGAGGAUGGUGAAGAUGCAGGUCCAGAAGAUGACUAUGGAUAAAAAAUUGCAGAAAAAUCAGGGCAGGGAGGCGUAUCUGAAGUUGUACCACAGCUGAGGAGCCACAUCUUCCAUCCUUUGGAGACACCACCAAAUCAAUAAAUUAAUAAAUUAAUAUUAAAUUAAUUAAUAAAUUAAUAAAUCAAAUAUUUGAAAAUCAACUCCGGAAUUUGUUUUAAAAUAGUUUGAAGAUGCUUUAAAACAUUUCAAUAUAUUUUAAAUGUAUUGAAGAUGGUUUAAAAGUAUUUGAAACGAAGGAAGUAAAAUCAAAAUUAAAGUACAAAAAUUAAAGAUAAAUAAGAGAAUAAAAAAGAUAAUAGAAGUACAAAAUUAAAGAUAAAAAAUCCUAAUAAAAUAAUAAAAUGAAGUAAAAUAAUAUCCAUAUAUUCUUAAUUACAAAACUCCAUUCAUUAUAUUAUUCUAAUGUUAAUACAGCAUAACUUUUCUACCUAGCAGAUUACAAAUAGUAAAUAUCUGUGUAGAGCCACACAAUGUGAAUUUUUCACAGGGAGCGAGCGCCUUGAGGGGCUUGGAAACCACAACCCCAGGCCCCUCUCAGCUCAAAAAAACCCCAUUUUUCCAUGGAUUUUCUCAUUUUUCCCUCAAAAUCCAGCAUUUCCCAAAGCAGAAAAAAAGCCAAAAAUCUGCAGCUAAAGGGCAGCUCCUUCAUUUUAUCAGGGAUUGAACAAUUCCCAUUUUCCCCUCAGCUUUUCCUCGUGUUCCUCCCCAAAUUUCUCCUCAUAUCCAGGCCAGCCUAGGGGGUUCCUCCAAAACCUGAGGAAAAAUGAGGAAUAUUGAGGUGUUUUGGAGAGUUUUUAAUGUUUUAUGCUCAAAAAUAACACCCUGAAAUCACCUGAGGGGAGAGGCCGGGUUGGGCCAGGCCCCACCAGGCCUCACCAGGGGGGGGUUUUGCAUUUUGGGUCCCUCCCUGCUGAAAUAAAAAAUAUUCUCAAGUAAGGCACAAGAAAAAUGCUUGAAACUGAGAAUCUGGCACCAAAAAUAAACGUGGCCUGAAACAGAAAGUUCCUGGUGUUGGGGGCAGCUGUUUCCCCCUCAGAAAUUGGAUUUUUGUGUUUCCAAACCCUCCCACACACGGAUGUGUCUGAUCCCAAUCCCAGAGAGAUCUUGGAGAGACAAAAUUUCCAAUUUCCUGCUUUUCUUUUUUUUUUAACCUGUUUCUCUAGCAAAUUUCACCUGCAGCCCAAUUUUAGCCAUAAAACCUAAAAUUUAUUUGUCCAAUUCCCACUUUCAGGAGCUCUCCCAGCUGCUCCCAGCCUGACUUUUUGAGUCCCUGCUGUCCCUUUUUUGUGCAAGAUUUUGAAGCAAGAUUUGGCUCCCUGGAAUUUUUCCUGUCCUAAAAAUUGGAGUUUUAAAGUGUUUUUUAAAGUGUUUAAAGAGGUUUUUUAAGUGUUUAAAGUUCACUUUUGUAUUCCUGGCUGCCACCAUGGUUCACCUCCACCUAAUUCUUUCUAACCAGAAAAAAAGUGAUGUGUGAGGCAUUUUCCCACUCCUGAAACGUGAAGGACUCUGUUUUGCUCAUAGGAGAUAAAAUUUCUUUUAUUAUGAACAUAAAAAUUACAAAUUGCUCGUAAGGAGAUAAAAUUUCUUUUAUUAUGAACAUAAAACCCACAAAUUUCAUUCCACUUUUUUUUUUCCCCUACCCAGCAAGGGAUUUUUCUCCCUGCAGAAAAAAAACAAAGUUAAAAAAAGAUAAAAUUUUGGGAUAUAUACAAACAUAUACAGGGUGUGUCUGUACAUUUGUCAUUCUGUACAAGCAAGGCACCAGCAGAAGUGACAGGGGCACACACAAGGGGAGGUUUGAGGUUUAAUUUCGUAUUUUUUUGGCAGGAGAUGAUUGAAUACAAAAACUUCUUUUUAUUUUCAUCCUCUCUGGGUGAUGGGGGAAGAGGGAGGAUCCUUUUAACUGCAUGGAGGUGAACUUGGAAUUCUUGGGAGAUUGGAUCAAACCACAGGAGCUUUUUCUGAUGGACAUUUAACCCAUAUUUUACCUAAGAAAAUGCUGAAGGAAAAUGAAAGCAAAGCCCUGCAGAACCAACCAAUAAUGCCAACAUUGGUAUAAAAAUAAAGAAAAUAAAGCAGCAAAAAAAAAAAAAAAUCAAA